ACUCCCUUACUUUAGGACAGACUCUGCUUUAAACCUUCAUCCAAAGAACCAAACACUCCCCUUUCUUCAUCCUUCCCUGUGAUUAAGCUUCUCUCUCUCUAUUAUCUCUCUCCUUUCUUCUUCUCUCCUCUUCUCCUCUCCCCCCAAAAAAGCUCCUCCUUCUCUCUCUCUCUCAAAGAAGAGAGAGAAAGAUCAGGGAACAAUGGCUCAUGCCCUGGCCUAUGCAGAGGCGCUGCCCGCUGUGCCUGCAUGGCUCAACAAAGGCGACAAUGCAUGGCAAAUGAUAGCAGCCACACUUGUCGGCAUACAAAGCAUGCCGGGCCUCGUGAUCCUUUACGGUAGCAUUGUAAAGAAGAAAUGGGCCGUGAAUUCCGCGUUCAUGGCCCUCUACGCCUUUGCAGCAGUGCUCAUAUCAUGGGUUUUGUUAUGUUAUCGAAUGGCGUUUGGUGACAAGCUCUUGCCUUUUUGGGGUAAGGGGGCACCAGCCUUAAGCCAAAAGUAUUUGAUCAACCAAGCUAAACUUCCUGAGAGUGAACAUUUCUAUUCAAAUGGGACUCUAGAGACACCAACUUCUGAGCCAUUCUAUCCAAUGGCUUCGUUGGUUUCCUAUCAGUUCGGGUUUGCAGCGAUCACGCUCAUUUUAUUGGCAGGUUCGGUUUUGGGUAGAAUGAAUAUAAAGGCUUGGAUGGCGUUUGUGCCGCUGUGGCUUACGUUUUCGUAUACGGUGGGGGCUUUCAGUCUAUGGGGUGGGGGUUUUCUCUACCAUUGGGGAGUCAUAGACUUUUCUGGUGGAUAUGUCAUUCAUCUCUCUUCGGGGACUGCAGGAUUGGUGGCAGCGUACUGGGUUGGGCCGAGGCUGAAAGUUGACAGAGAGAGAUUUCCUCCAAACAAUGUGCUUUUGAUGCUGGCAGGAGCAGGAUUAUUGUGGAUGGGUUGGUCAGGGUUCAAUGGGGGGGCUCCUUAUGCAGCAAACAUAGCCUCAUCCAUGGCCGUUCUCAACACUAACAUUUGUGCAGCCACAAGCCUUUUGAUGUGGACAUGCAUGGACGUGGCCUACUUCGGCAAGCCCUCGGUGAUCGGAGCUGUUCAGGGGAUGAUUACAGGCCUAGUCUGCAUUACCCCAGGGGCAGGGGUGGUCCAAGGUUGGGCAGCAAUGGUGAUGGGCAUCUUGUCAGGGAGCAUCCCAUGGUUCACAAUGAUGGUUCUCCACAAGAACUGGUCCCUUUUGCAAAAGGUUGAUGACACCCUUGGUGCCUUCCACACUCACGCAGUGGCUGGCUUUCUUGGUGGUGCACUCACAGGCCUUUUUGCAGAGCCCACACUAUGCAACCUCGUUUUGCCUGUGACCCACUCAAGAGGGGCCUUCUACGGUGGCAAUGGUGGAAUGCAGUUCCUCAAGCAAUUAGUAGCUGCACUGUUUGUGAUUGGAUGGAACCUCGUUUCCACAACUGUUAUACUUCUUGUUAUCAGAGUGUUUAUCCCUCUUAGAAUGCCUGAAGAGCAGCUGAUUAUAGGAGAUGAUGCUAUUCAUGGUGAGGAGGCCUAUGCGUUGUGGGGUGAUGGCGAGAAGUAUGAUGCUACAUUGCAUGCAUCACCCGAUCCUCUUGCCCGCAAUGCUCAUGCUGUUAAUGGGGCAAGAGGUAUCACUGUAGAGUUGUAGAUGAAGCUCUCUCCCCCCGUCAAAAGGCUUCACGCUUCGGCCAGAACAAUAUUUUCAGGCAGUAUAUUCUGGCAAGAUAUUUGUACACAUUACACGAUAGCCGUCAUCUUGUGGCUGUACAUAUUCAUACUAUUCUUUUACCAAACCAUGCUUGUAAAAAGAACCUCUCUUUCCUUGAUCAUAUCCUUUUCGUUCAUUAAUGAGUCAUCCAAGGAUCAAGGAUAACAGUCCAGAAAUCAAAAGAUUUUAAGUCUUUGCUGAGAUAGAUUAUUAUGACAAAUCUAGUUUCUUUGAGGAUC